AUGUGGAUAAGCAGUCGAGUGAUUUACUUGUUGCCACAACGCCCAGCGGAGCAGUCGAUGGACAGAAUGAGACGUGAAUAUAAUUCAUAUAGUGACCUGAGCAGACAUUUUCGCCUGUACGAUGAGCAGUCAAUGGACUCGCUGCAGGAUGAUCACCUGCGCAUCCACAUGAAUCCCAACGGUAGCGACGAUGGGUCGCUGCAGCAUGUCGAUUGCUAUUCGUCUAUUUAUUUACCCACUUAUCCGCUCCUGCGUCAUCACAACUUCAAGCUGAAGUCCUAUUACUCCAACGUGGGCAACUGUGUGCAGUGCAACAAACGCCUACGAUUUGCUGUUGCAAGCUUAAAAUGUCGCGACUGUCCGGUGCGUUGCCACGUUUCAUGCUGCAGGCUGCUAACUGUUAACUGCAUACCACUGCCGCUGGUGAGCAGAAAGCUCGGCUGUUUGUUCGAUUUUGUGCCACACGUGGCACCAAUGGUGCCAGCCCUGAUCGUGCACUGUGUGACAGAGAUUGAGGCGCGUGGAUUGGAACAGGAGGGUCUCUAUCGCGUCUCCUCCACCAGGGAUAAGGUGAAACGUCUGCGGCACAAGCUGCUGCGUGGCAAGACGAUGCCACAUCUGGGCAACAAGGAUACUCACACGCUUUGCUGCUGUGUGAAGGAGUUCCUGCGCUCGCUGGAACGCCCAUUGAUACCAUUGUACUACAGACAGGACCUUGUGCUGGCAGCACAACAAACCGAUGUGUUGGCCGCGGAGGAACAACUUUAUUUUGCCAUGGUGGAGCUGCCACAGGCACAUCGUGAUACAUUGGCGUUUCUCAUGCUGCACUGGCAGCGCAUUGCUCAAAGUCCCGCCGUGAAGAUGUCUAUCAACAAUAUUGCUGUCAUAUUUGCACCAACGCUUUUCGACGAUGUCGAUCUGAAUCUCAGCAAUAUUGUGCUAUGGCAGCAGGUGUUGCGUAUGCUGCUCCUCCAGUCGCCUGGUUUCUGGGCCCAGUUCCUCGAGGUAGAGCCGCUGCAGCCGGCAUGCUCGCUGGAUGAUGACGACUGGAAGCGUGAGAAUAAUUAUUCACCCAGCCUGCAUUGGCAAUCAGUGAAAACAUACUUUAGAUCUAUGGUAAAUCUUGCUGGCUGAGGCGUUUGCCAUGAUUUCUUAGUAACGGAUAUAUUCUGUUGAGUAUAUGGCUUGUAAUAAUAAUUACAAUUAUUUUUAGUUGCCACUUGAGUUCAAUGUUUAGCGUUAAAAUCCUUCCCUUGCAAAUGGCUUGCGGAAAGAACAGAUGCCAGAUUUUAAGCAGAGGUGGUAUUUAACUAAAGAAGCAACUAAUUUUCUUUAUUUUGAAAAUUGUUGUUAGCUGCACAGAAACUAAAAAUAAGUCUAUUUAUACAAGGCAAAAGAGAAAUAUAAGAAUUAAUGAGUUAAAAGUGAAGUCUAAUUUAAAAUCAUGCUGCACAUUCUAUUUUACAA